CGCGGGCUAUUCCCGCGGGCCCAGCAGUGGUGUUGGGACAGGGGGUGGGGGGAUUUUUAUUUGGGGGGGGGGGGGGGGGGAACGGCCAAGUGAGGGUAGAACGGGAACUGUCGCCUCCGCCUCUUCCUCAGUGGCAGCCGGGGCAGCCGGAUCGCGGCGGCUGCUGCUGCUGCUCGGAGGGACCGCGGAGCGGAGGGAUGUGGGGCUUUGGAGGAGGCAGGAUCUUCGGGAUCUUCUCCGCUCCCGUCCUGGUGGCCGUAGUCUGCUGCGCCCAGAGUGUGAACGAUCCCGGCAACAUGUCCUUCGUGAAAGAAACUGUGGAUAAAUUGUUGAAGGGCUACGACAUCCGCCUCCGGCCGGAUUUCGGAGGUCCGCCCGUCUGCGUGGGGAUGAACAUAGACAUUGCCAGCAUCGACAUGGUUUCCGAAGUCAACAUGGAUUACACUUUGACUAUGUAUUUUCAACAGUACUGGAGAGAUAAGAGACUGGCUUACGCUGGUAUACCUCUCAACCUCACGCUUGAUAACCGAGUGGCAGAUCAACUCUGGGUGCCCGACACUUAUUUCUUAAAUGACAAGAAAUCAUUUGUGCAUGGUGUUACUGUGAAGAAUCGAAUGAUUCGCCUUCACCCGGAUGGAACAGUGCUUUACGGCCUCAGAAUCACAACCACUGCAGCUUGUAUGAUGGACUUGAGAAGAUACCCAUUAGAUGAACAGAACUGUACUCUGGAAAUAGAAAGCUACGGCUACACAACUGAUGACAUAGAGUUCUACUGGAGAGGUGGAGAUAAUGCAGUCACUGGCGUGGAGAGGAUUGAGCUUCCUCAGUUCUCCAUUGUGGAAUAUAGACUGGUGUCAAAAAAUGUUGUCUUUGCCACAGGUGCCUACCCAAGACUCUCACUGAGCUUCAGGUUGAAGAGAAAUAUUGGAUACUUUAUUCUUCAAACCUACAUGCCCUCCAUACUGAUUACCAUUUUAUCAUGGGUGUCAUUCUGGAUCAAUUAUGAUGCAUCAGCAGCAAGAGUUGCCCUUGGAAUUACAACUGUGCUGACUAUGACAACAAUCAACACUCAUCUGCGAGAGACUUUGCCUAAAAUUCCGUAUGUUAAAGCCAUCGACAUGUAUCUCAUGGGCUGCUUUGUAUUUGUCUUCUUGGCCUUACUUGAAUAUGCCUUUGUCAACUACAUUUUCUUUGGAAAAGGCCCACAAAGGCAGAAAAAACUUGCAGAAAAAACAGCAAAGGCAAACAACGAUCGCUCAAAGUUUGAAGGCAACCGGGUGGACACCCAUGGAAACAUUCUGUUAACAUCGCUCGAAAUUCACAACGAGGUGGCAAGCAACGAGGUCACCACCAGUGUUACGGAAGCCCGAAAUUCAACGAUAUCCUUUGACAACUCAGGAAUACAGUACAGAAAACAAAGCUCACAUCGCGAAAGCCUUGGGAGACGUUCGUCAGAAAGACCAGGCCCCCACAGCAGGAGGGGCCAUUUACGAAGGAGGUCUUCACAAUUGAAAAUAAAAAUCCCUGAUCUAACAGAUGUGAAUGCCAUCGACAGAUGGUCAAGAAUGGUUUUUCCGUUCACAUUUUCUCUUUUCAACCUAAUUUACUGGCUAUACUAUGUUAACUGAGUGACUGAACUUUUUUAAAGGACUUCAAUUGUAACAAGAGAAAUACUACUUGCUUGCACAGUUUAUAUAUAUAUUUAUACAUAAAUAUAUAUAUAUGAACUUAUAGACCAUACUCAUGUAUGUGUGAAUACAUGUAGCAAAGAAUUGUGUGUACUUAAAAGCACAUACUGCAAAGCAAAUGUAUAUGUAUGCACACACACAUGUACACGUUGUUUCUGAGGUUA